UGAAGACUAUAGACUGUGUCCACUGACACGUAAAACAGAGUCGGGUCAUUUGUGAAUGAGAACCAGUCAUGAGGGACCACUUACAUCUUUUCAUGUUUUUGUUUUGUUUCAGUACAGGCUGUAUUGUUUCAGAUGUGGACCAUACAAUAGAUAUAACCGGAUACACAGGUGCUUCAGUUGUGCUGCCCUGCUCUUGUCCUGACUCUCAGUCUACAGACACAACGUUCACCUGGGAGUUUCAGCGGGGAAAUCGAUGGAUUCAAGUAUCUGAAGAUGAGAAAUACAGCGGCAGACUUGUGCUGUUUAAUGAACAUUCUCCAACAAAUCUGUCUCUUCUCAUUUCUGACCUCAGAAUAAAUGACCAGGGCUACUAUAAGUGUACGACUCAAACAAAUAGUGUUACAUUUGUUGAAUUAAAAGUUAAAGGCUGUGAUUUGGUUAAGUACAGCAGGACACUAGUAGUAACUGGAUAUUCAGGAGAGUCUGUGGUUCUUCUCUGCUCCUGCUCUGAACUACUGGCUAAACCUCAACAGAUCAAAUGGGUGUAUUUCAUUAACAAUGAAUAUGAAGAAAUUUACCCAAAUGAACAGAUUGAGAAUUUCAAGAACAGAGUCAAGCUGUUAAAUCCAAACACUCCAGGAGAUCUUUCUCUACACAUAUCAGCACUGACCUCAAAGGACCAAGGGCACUAUCAGUGUGUCUCGUCUCAGCAAGUAAACUCCUUCAGUCUUAAAGUACUUCAUGACGAAGCGACACAUCAAACUUCACACCAAACACAAGACUUCACAACUUCACAACUUCUACCUACUCCACAACCAUAUACAUCUCAACAUAUUUUCAUUCUACUGGGAGUGUUUUUCUCAUUGCUUUUACUGGCAUUACUGGCAUUAAUAUUAUGGAGAUGCAGAGGAAGCAGAAAUAAUAAAAAGGUGACCGCUGAUGAUGUAGAGCUAAAGAGAGAAAACAAUCAGGAUGAUGUAAUGUAUUCUGCUGUAGUCCAUGUUAAAGCAGCAUCCACACCAGCUCACGAUGUCCCAGCAGAGCACACAGAGUACGCUUCGAUCAACAUUAAGCGCUAAAAGGACACCAGCGAGCACUGCAGAGAGAUCGACUCAAGUGUAUGCUUCUGAGUUUUCUGUAAUCUCCGUGUGUAAAGAAACCUGUUUAUUGUUUCGGACAUUUUAGUGACUUUAAAGCACAAGAAUGAUAGCGAAGCAGAACUAAACAACUGAGGAAGCUGUCGUCUGUCUGUAUUUUUAGAUAUGUGAUCAUUGACACUGUGGGCAUGCUCUCAAGAUAUCACAUGAAGUGACAACACCAUAGUGUGUUGAGUUUGGUGGUUCACUUUAAUUAUUGAUUUUAUAGUGAACAAUUAAUCUAUGUAUGUUUUUACUCUUUUUUUUGUGCUCGUAACAUUUAAAGGAUUAGGUCACAAAAAAAUCCAGAUAAUUUACUCACCCCACAUAAUCCAAGAUGUUCAUGUCUUUCUUCAGAUUAAGAACAAGGCUUUUGAGGAAAGCAUUUCAAGAUGUUUCUCUAUACAUAGUGAACUUUAAUGGUGGCAAAUGGAUCGAAAUCAAAACUGCCAUUUCAAUGCAGCUUUAAAGAGUCCCCAAGCUGAAAUUUUGCUAAAUUAUUAGUAAUUUUCUACAUGCACACACACACACACACACACACACACACACACACACACACACACACACACACACAAAAUCGAACCUUUUAAACCACAAAUGCAAAAUUUGGACCUUGGCUACAUUCUAUUAAAGAAUCCUGGAACGUUUUCAACAAAAAAAAAACCUUGUGACUAAAGAGAGAACAUUGAUGACACUGUGGUAAGUAAAUUCAGGACAUUUUCAUUCUGCAUGUGAACUAAUUCUUUAAUAACAUCUUCGAUGAUCUUCUAUUUUUGGUGGUAUCCAUUUCACUUUGAAUGUAUCUGUUGCAACUUGUGCUUAAGACUCAAAAUACAAUGCAUUUACAAACAGAGAAAAUAAAAUAGACUUUAAACCUAAAAAAAAAAAAGUAGGAUGCUUUUUUGGUUAUUGUAUCUUUUUUUAAAUAGCACAGUUCUUAAAAACAAAAUGAAAAAGCAAUCUUGUAAAUUAUUCAUUGCUUUCCGUCUUUCA